AGGAGAGGGGAUGCCCGAUCCUUCCGGGUGUGUGGGGGAGUAACAAAAUUUCUUGUUUUAGCAAAUUGGGGAAUGUAAAAUAUAAAAUAGAGAAGAGAGAGAUCCUGACUAGGAGAGUGAGAUCGCAGUUCCGUCUUCUUCGUCUUCGUUUCUAUCUCAGACCUCUCCUUCUCGUCCGCUCUCUCUCUCUGUUCCCAUGGAGAUCCCUCGAUUGCGGGCUCGCCUCCUAUGGAUCGCAGUGGUGCUCUUGCUCUACGCCAUCCGGGUGGAUUGCUUCUACCUCCCCGGCGUCGCCCCCGCGGACUUCCGCAAGAAAGAUCCGUUGCAGGUGAAGGUCAACAAGCUGACUUCUACAAAAACGCAGCUUCCAUAUUCGUACUAUUCUCUACCCUACUGUCAGCCAAAUUCCAUUGUUGACAGUGCAGAAAAUGUUGGAGAAGUUCUUCGUGGUGAUCGUAUAGAGAAUUCUCUCUAUGUGUUUGAGAUGCGGGAGCCCCAGAUGUGUCGGAUUGUGUGCAGGAUAACGCUCAAUGACAAAGAUGUGAAGGACCUCAACGAAAAGAUAGAUGAUGAGUACUGUGUCAACAUGAUCCUUGACAACCUUCCACUGGUUGUUCCCAUAAAAAGACGGGAUCAGGACUCACCUACAGUUUAUCAACAUGGAUUUUAUGUUGGUGUCAAGGGACAAUAUACCGGGAGCAAGGAUGAAAAAUACUUCAUCCACAAUCAUUUAUCAUUUCUUGUCAACUAUCACAAGGAUGAGCAAUUGGACGUUUCGAGGAUAGUGGGGUUUGAGGUCAAGCCAUUCAGUGUUAGACAUGAAUAUGAAGGUGAAUGGAAUGGUAACAAGACACGCUUGAGCACCUGUGAUCCUCACUCACAACGGACCGUUUCAAACUCUGACUACCCACAAGAGGUCGAAGCAAAUAAAGAAAUUAUAUUCACAUAUGAUGUUGAGUUUAAGGAGAGUGAUGUGAAGUGGGCAUCUCGAUGGGAUACCUAUCUUUUGAUGGCGGAUGACCAAAUCCACUGGUUUUCUAUAGUCAAUUCACUGAUGAUCGUGCUCUUCCUCUCGGGCAUGGUGGCCAUGAUCAUGCUGCGGACACUUUAUAGGGACAUUUCCAAGUACAACCAGUUGGAAACUCAAGAAGAAGCCCAAGAGGAGACGGGAUGGAAACUGGUCCAUGCGGACGUCUUCAGGCCCCCAGCUAACUCAGACUUGCUGUGUGUGUAUGUUGGAUCAGGCGUCCAGUUAUUUGGAAUGCUACUCGUGACCAUGAUUUUUGCGGUCCUUGGCUUCCUUUCUCCAUCAAACCGAGGUGCCCUCAUGACGGCCAUGCUUCUACUUUGGGUCUUCAUGGGUUCGUUUGCUGGGUACUCCUCUGCCCAUCUCUACAAGAUGUUCAAGGGUACGGAUUGGAAGAAAAUUACUCUGAGUACAGCUUUUAUGUUUCCUGCUGUCGUCUUUGCCAUCUUCUUUGUCUUAAAUUCCAUCAUCUGGGGAGAGAAGUCUUCGGGUGCUGUGCCCUUUACUACCAUGUUUGCUCUUGUAUUGCUUUGGUUUGGCAUCUCGGUCCCUCUCGUUUUCCUGGGAAGUUAUGUUGGGUUUAAGCAACCAGCUACGGAGGAUCCCGUGAAAACAAACAAGAUCCCAAGGCAAAUACCUGAACAAGCUUGGUACAUGAACCCAAUCUUCUCGAUAUUAACAGGAGGCAUUCUUCCGUUUGGAGCAGUAUUUAUCGAGCUCUUCUUUAUUCUUACAUCAAUAUGGCUACAGCAGUUCUACUACAUAUUUGGCUUCCUUUUUUUGGUGUUUCUCAUCCUCAUUGUCACUUGUGCCGAGAUCACCAUCGUUUUUUGCUAUUUCCAGCUGUGCAGCGAGGACUACUUGUGGUGGUGGAGGUCCUAUCUGACUGCAGGGUCUUCUGCACUCUACCUCUUUCUUUACUCAAUUUUCUAUUUCGUCACCAAGCUCGAGAUCACAAAGCUGGUGUCUGCUAUCUUGUACUUCGGCUACAUGUUUAUUGCUUCGUAUAGUUUCUUUGUGCUCACGGGCACAAUUGGUUUCUAUGCAUGCUUCUGGUUCACGAGGCUGAUCUACUCAUCAGUGAAGAUUGACUGAACGCACAGAUUGUUCAGAUGGUUGGUUGCUGGCUUCUGCAAGGAAGCAAGGGUCACAAUAACAGCAGGUUACGUAUUGCUAAGUCUAGCAUCUGGUUUCAGUUUUGUGUCCUGAUAGCCUGUUCUCCAGUUCUGCCCCAAGAUAUGAAUCAGUUUAUUGCUCUGAUUCAAGUUGCUAGCAUGAGUAGCCAUGAAAUCUGAAUUUAACUCUCCCGUACGUUGCAGAUAGACAAGGAGGGUUCUAGUGUAUGUUUCAAGGACUAAAUUAUGCCAUUCAUGUGGUAUUUUGCACUCUUUUUGCCUCCAGUUCAUAACUGAGCUGUAUCUUGAUAUUGAUCCAUGGUGUGUAAGUAUUUUUUUUUUUUUAAACUUAGAUUGUUUAAUGCAUCAAGUGGUUCAGGGGGUUCGAUUGUCCA